AUGCAGAACUACGGGCGACCUGGCCAGCAGGAUGGGGCGGAGCAGUUGGCACAGCAGGUGGGGCAGAUGGGCCUUGGUGGAGGUGGUGCAGGACCAGCAAGAAGGAAGAAGGAUAGGCAUGCAUAUCACCAGAUCGAGCAGCCUAGCCAGACCUCACAACCAUACGCUGGAGCACAGCAGGGUGGACAGUACCUGAAUGGCCAAGCAGGACAACCACACCCAGGCUCGAGUCCAGCACAGGCUCCCUGGCAGCAGACAACACAGCCAUGGCAGUCUCAGACCAUGCCAACUUCAGCACCCGGAGCUGCAACUCAGCAGCAGCAGCAGCAGCAGUAUGGCGCACCUUCAGGCACACCCAUAUCUAUGGGCGGCCAGCAACCAGGCCAACAAUCCGGCAUGACACCCGGCGGCAACCAAGCGCGAGUCAACCCAGAUCAAAUCCCCAGCGUACCCGCAAGCAGAGACGGCCCAGCCGACUACUACAAAACCCACAUCUACCCGACCAUGGAGCAGCACCUCGCUCCACCAGCAACGACACCCUUCGUAGCAUUCGACCAAGGAAAUGCAUCGCCGAAAUAUGCUCGAUUAACCCUGAACUGCAUUCCCAACGCCCACGACCAAAUGGUUUCAACUAGCCUACCCCUUGGUCUGGUCCUGCAGCCCCUAGCCAAACAAAGCGACGGCGAACAAGCCAUCCCCGUCCUCGACUUCGGCGAAUUAGGACCACCCCGUUGUCGGCGGUGUAGAGCUUACAUAAACCCCUUCAUGAUCUUCUCCAACGGCGGGAGCAGAAUGACUUGCAACCUAUGUGCUCAUCCGAACGAAGUAGCGCCGGAGUACUUUGCGCCUACUGAUCCGCAAGGUGUGAGAGUUGAUCGGGCCGAGAGGCCCGAGCUGCAGCUAGGAACAUGCGAGUUCCUGGUUCCGAAGGAGUACUGGUCCAAAGAGCCCGUGCCGAUGCGGUAUCUGUUUCUGCUGGACGUGAGUGCUGAGGCGUAUAACCGUGGGUUUCUGCAGGGAGUAUGUGAUGGAGUACUUGCUGCGAUCUUUGGUGACGAAGAAGAUGCAGCCACGAAGGGGGUUGAUCCAGAUGUGCGACCGAGCAAAGUUCCUGCGGACGCUAGGGUGGGCUUCAUGACCUUUGACCGCGAAGUACACUUCUACGACGUUUCCGCCUCCGUCGCCGCGCCUCAACAACUCGUCGUAUCCGACCUAGAAGACCCCUUCGCCGCAAUAUCCGGCGAGAGAUUAUUUGUCGACGCCGCACAAUGCCGGAAGAACAUUACCAAACUCCUCCGACAGAUCCCCAACAUGUUCGCCAACAUCAAGUACCCCGAGCCCGUCCUCCUGCCGUCGCUCAACGCCGCCCUUUCCGCUCUCGAAAGCACCGGCGGCAAGAUAAUCUGCUCGCUGAACAGCCUUCCUACCUUCGGGCCUGGCAAACUAGUCCUACGAGACAAGGGUUCCCAAAGCCAAGCCGACGACGCUGACCACAGUAAGGAGUUGCUGAAGCCGCAACAUGACGGUUUCCGGAAAUGCCAAGCCGAAAUGGUCAAAGCUGGCGUAGGCGUUGAUUUCUUCCUUGCCGCUCCAGUGGGUGGAUAUCUAGAUAUAGCCACCAUCGGCUUCGUGGCCGAGAAGACAGGUGGCGAGACGUUCUAUUAUCCUAACUGGUCGUACCCACGAGACUGCCUCCGCUUGGCGAAAGAGAUCUCGCAUACAUUAAGGCGGGAACAAGGUUAUGCGGCGCUGAUGAAGGUGCGGUGUAGUAACGGGUUACAAGUGGCGCACUACAGUGGGAAUUUCACUCAGCACACUUUCGGCGCGGAUCUGGAACUGGCGAGUGUGACGCAGGAUUCGGGGAUGAGUGUUACUUUUGCUUAUGAUGGGAAGCUCGACCCGAAACUAGACGCCCAUUUCCAAGCCGCCCUACUCUAUACCACCACCUCCGGCCAACGAAGGGUCCGAUGCAUCAAUGUCGUCGCUUCCGUAACUGAAACCGCACGGGAAAGCAUGAAAUUUGUGGACCAAGAUGCCGUGAUAACGGUAAUGGCCAAAGAAUCCAUCUCCAAACUCGGCGAGCGUAGCCUGAAAGAAAUCCGGCAGGCAUUACAGGAGAAAUCCAUCGACAUCCUAGCCGGCUACCGCAAGAACUUCUCCGAUCCUCAUCCUUCAGGCCAAUUGGUACUACCAGAGAACCUGAAGGAAUUCGCCAUGUUCAUGCUCGGACUUGUGAAAUCCCGCGCUCUGAAAGCAGGACGAGAACCUUCUGACCGUAGGAUCCAGGAGGCGAGGAUGAUACGGAGUAUGGGUCCCGCCGAGCUCAGCUUGUAUUUGUACCCGCGCAUGAUCGCCAUCCACGCCCUGGAACAAGACGAAGGAUUCGCGGACGAGAACGGCCACCUGAAAAUGCCUCGAGGGGUCCGGACCUCCUUCUCCCAGAUCGAGGAAGGCGGUGCUUAUCUGGUUGAUAACGGCCAGAUAUUACUUCUCUGGCUGCACGCACAAGUCAGUCCGAAUCUCCUGGAAGACCUUUUCGGGGAAGGCUGCAAUAGCCUUCAAGCUCUGGAUGCUAAUCUCGCGGCUCUGCCGGUACUGGAAACGCAUCUUAAUGCUCAGGUGCGGAAUAUCCUGUUGCAUAUGGAGGAGCAGAGGGGAUCCAAGGGUUUGGCUAUCCAGCUCGCAAGACAAGGGUUAGAUGGGGCGGAGUUUGAGUUUGCGCGGUUGUUGUUUGAGGAUCGGAAUGGUGAGGCGAGUAGUUAUGUUGAUUGGCUUGUCAUGCUGCAUCGGGGUGUGGGGACUGAGCUAAGUGGACAGAGGAAUAAGACCACGGGCGAGGAUGUGAGCCAGACGGUCAGUAAUGCUAUUUCCAGCAUUACCGGGGCUGUGACGUGGACGUGA